GAGACUGUCUGUGUGUCUGGUGGGCGCGGUCUUUGUUCAGAAGGGAGAGGGAGGGAGGGAGAGGCCGCUGUGUGGACGGGUCGGCGCCGGCUCUUGUGCCCUAGUGAGUGUGAACCAAGUAGAGUCGGACACCACGAACCUAUUAUUGCAUCGCUGAAGAUCGACCUGCCAUCUGAAGGAUUUGGAAAUCGAGAUGAGACAAGAUUCUUGACCAUGGCGUUUUUAUCACUUUGAAAAUCUGAAGUGGCGAAGGAACAUCCUGUUGGACUUGGAAGAGGAAUAUUAUUUCAGAAAAGGAUCCCAAGUUUCCAGAAAGAGUUUUCUCCUGACGCCAAGGACAUUGGAAAGAAAACAAAAACCAUUGACACAAAUCUACUUGCUGUACUUCCUAAAGUUGCAGAACUUCGAAAAAUAUUUGAAGCUGGGCAGAGGUCCUCUGUGGAAAUGAACAGGAAAGAGCGAAUUGCGAGACGUUUGGAAGGGAUUGGAAGUGAGACCCAGCCAGUGCUGCUCCAGAAUUGUCCCGGGUUGGUCACUCAUCGCCUUCUGGAGGAAGAUACUCCCAGAUACACACGAGCUUCCGAUGCUUGUAGUCCACCCUCAGUUCGAAGAUCGGAUAAGGAAGAGUCGAAGCAGCACCUUGCUGAGGACCCCCAUUCGGAAAGGCAGUCGAGACCCCGGUGCCGGGGCGAGGUUAGACACGUGACCACCGAGUCCCCUUGCCCCGUCGGCAUGAACAUCGAAGCGUUGGACGCGAAAGCCGAGCGAAUCGCCAAGUACAAAGCGGAGAGGCGGCGACAGCUGGCCGAGAAGUACGGGAUUUCCCUGGACUCUGAGACAGAUGGGGGCAUCGCGUCCAAGUACUCGAGGGCGAGAAAGGAAAUGGAACAAGUCGGCGAACAAGUGCCGCCGCCUUCGCCAAAGGUUUACGGCGGCGGCUUGGGCUCAAUCAAGUCGCAACCUACCAGGGAUCAGGUGGGCGAAGAAGAGGCGGAAGCCCAGUCACCUGGCGGACACGGCGAAAGGCUCUCCUCGGAUGGAAAUGGUUUCAUGGAAAGGGAGAGUCUGCUCAACGAAGAAAAUCGGAAGAAAGAGUUUGAGAUGAGUGCUCAAGGAAGGCAAUUGGAAUUGACCAAUGUCAAGGACAUGACUCUGUCUGACGUGCCAUGCUCGCCGAUAUCCACAUGGAGAGUUUCACUUACAUCACCAAAGCAUUUCCCCGAAGUGUUUAAUUCAACCAGCGAGCAGUCCCAAUGCUUGCAGAAUGAACAAGGCAAUACAAUGAAAGUAAAGAAUGAGUGGUAUCUACAGAGAGAUUCCAAUGGCGAGACUCCAUCUCUCAUCAACUGGCCAUCCAGAGUAAAAGUUAGAGAAAGAAAGUUGAAGGAGGAAGGGAUUCGGAGCAGCCCUGAUGUAGUCAAAGAAGUCACUCAAGGAAGACCUCAACAAACGCCAGCUCGUUACAUCUCCCUCGUGCCAGGUCCUCCAACUGUUAACACAGUUAAUAAACCUAGUCCAGUCCACCAGUCGAUCUUUAUUCAGUCGACUGAUCCCAUAGAUGGUACGAAUGUGAUGACUAAAGAGUACAGAGCCAGCAGAAUUGGCAAUCGCGUGCCAGGCAUUAUUAACUUUUCAGCAAGAACUGACCAGGCAGACAUCAUGGGAUUUGGAGGUCCUGCUCGCUGGUCCGAUCCAAAGCUGGACGAGUCUGUUGGCACUCGAGACUUGCUGAAAAGCCGCAAAGCAGUUUUACCGUCCCAAGUUCGCAAACAAGAAAAGGUUCUUGAAGACGCCGUCGUCGACACCAGAGUUGUACAUUCGCAGAGAUUCCUGGGAAGAAAAGAUGAGAAGACGGCUUUUCAAAAACCUCCUCUUCACAAGCCCGUUAGCAUUGUGCCAGAGCUGUCCGACAAACCAGGAUAUCACCCUCCACCAUUUUCCAAAGACUGGAAUAGACCUCUCGACGCUACACAGAGGGGUGAGAAAGCCAUGUCCAUUCAGAAGUUGUCAGCGUUGAAAUCGCAUGCAGAUGUUGAAAGAGGGAUGGCUCGGCUCCGGAGUGUGUCCAUUGAGAAACUCAAUUUGACGGGACUGGGUGUGGAGGUUCCACACAGUGAAGGACAUCAGGGCAUCAAUGCCGACGAACUCGGUGGUGACGCCGGCUCUGUUGACACGAGGGUAUCCGUUGCCAGAUUACGGAGUGCCUUUCUGGAGACGGCCAACGCCAGCAGAAACCAGGACCUUGAAACUAAUGUUGACUUAAUAACAUCGGGCCUUGAUUUGGCCACCCCCGCUGAUAUGGAGAAGGUUCCUCGUCGACCAAGGCGUUACAUUUCCUAUGGUGAGAAUAGGAAGACCUCUGAGAGGUUUAGAACGCAGCCUAUAACUACAACAGAGCGACAGGAGACAGCUAGGCCAAAUCUUAUUGCACAAAUGGAAACUACUGAAGAUGAAGAGAAAUUAGAUGAUCGAGCCAAAAUGAGCGUGUCUGCAAAGAGGUCGCUUUUCCGUGAAAUGGAAAAAUCAACGAAGGCGAUGGAAACCUCCCUGGCUCCCAAACCUCGGUCGAGGAAUUCCGCGGUGGAAAGGCGAUUGCGUCGCACGCAAGAUCGUUCUCGGACUCAGCCGGUCACAACUGAAGAGGUUGUCAUUGCAUCCAGACUACAAGCAUCAGCACAGGAUACUGCAAGGGAACAGAAGGGGAAUGAAGCCAAGGAAAUGACAGAACAGGGUCAGCAUGAAGAGCCAGACAUCUCCACACUGAGUCUGGCGGAGAAGAUGGCCCUGUUCAAUCGCCUCUCGCAGCCCUUGACCAAAGUGAAAUCACCGAGGAAUAGAGGUGACACCAGGCAGAGACGGUCUAACUCCCGAUACCAGACUCAACCAAUUACUCUGGGAGAAGUUGAAGAGGUACAAAAUGGCAAUGGAAUGAUAAGACCCUUGUCGCAGUCUGUUGCAAAGACAAUGACCAGUCAUACUGCUACGGUCUCCACCGCGUGUGCUGGUGACCUCCACAUUGGGAUAUCUUCCGCAACCGAGGACAGUUUGCACAUUACCCACACGUCAACAGCCAAGUCCAUUUUGUCUUCCCACAGUUCAAAUGUAGACAUCUCGAACAGGAGUCGGCUCCCAUCAGAGCUUGUGCACAUAUCCCAGGAAAAAGCAUUCAGCUUCAGCAGGGAACUGGAGGGAGGUGCUGGGGAGGACCACAACAAUGCUGGCCAGCAAGAGAUGCUGCAACCGAGAAGCAGGCGUGACGGCAGCUUUUCAGAAACCCUGCCUCAUGAGAUCACUGGGGGAAGUACGGAGGCUGAGAAUGGAAACCCAGACGCUCAGAGUGGCGAACAGCUGAUCGCAGAAACCGUGCCACAGUUGGCUGAGAGGAAAGAGACCAUGAAGUCGGGAAGCUUCAAUGUCAACUGGGAAACUGCAGAAAAGGGCUUCGAUGAACAUUUUAAGGAGAAGGGAGUUAUCACAGAAUGUGUGGAGCACGUUUCGGAAACUAAAACAGCCUCGGCGACAACAUUAACGGCUUUGCAAGUCUCCGCCAUAACAUCCUCCAGACACGGUUCAUGUCUGCAGCAAGCCACGCAAUUAGAAAGCCAAGUGCCUUACGAUCAAUCGCAACCGUUUUCCACUGAAGUCAGCCGCGUUGAAAAAAGUGAGGGGAUCUCGGAUUUCACCACCGGGAAAGGAAUGUCCAUAAAAGAAAGGAUGGCUCUGCUGAAGCGAAGUGGAGAGGAGGACUGGAGGAACAGAAUUAACAGGAAGCAGGAGAGCAGCAAGAUGACCAUGAUCAGUCGCUACGCCCAGUAUCAGGAAACGGAGCAAACCUACAUCAAAAAGGAGCAAGGAGAGAUUGCCGAUGACAUCUGCCUUUCUAAUCCGCUUUGGGAACCUGUUUAUUCUUCUACUUAUUCUCCUGUUCUCUCUGCUGUCCAUAACUGUCAGUACAUUGUACAUAGUAAACAGGUCAUUUCUGGUAGUUCCACAGAAGCAAGCCCUCAGCUACAUGACGAACGCCAUCCCUGGAGAUGGAAGAGGGUGACGGGUGAAGUGGAAGCACAAAUGACAAUAGAAGAAAGGAAGCAACUCAUUACGGCGCGGGAGGAAGCCUGGAAGAUCCGGGGCAGAGGAACAUGCAAUGAUUCCACGCAGUUUACUGUGGCUGGAAGGAUGGUAAAGAAAGGCCUGGCAUCACCCACAUUCAUGAGUCCUCUCUCAUCGCCUGUCUCACACAAGAUGAAGAACAGUGCCCCGGUCAUUUCCAAGCCACAAGAAGAAAUUGAGGUCAGACCCGAUUUGCAGUUGGAAAGUGACAGAAAGCUGGAUCAACUGGAGUCAUUCCUUGGUAAACUGCAGAACCGACUGCCGGGCCAUCAGGAUGCUGUCAUAACUGUAACCGGGCAGUCAGUGAAGGAAGUGAUGAGACCCGACGAUGAGGAAACCUUUGCCAGCUUCUACAGGCACGCAAACACCCUUGUCAUUCAGCCAGGAGCUGUGGAGAUUGACGAAGAGGAUCUUGAUGCCAUCUUUGAUCCAGACCUACCAAAGCUGACGUCAGCAGUGGCAGAACACAAGAGGGCCAUGAAACCCACACGCAAAGUGCAGUCUUCCCGCAAUCCACUGAAAAUGCUUGCUGCCAGAGAUGACAUUCGGCAAGAAUAUACAGAGCAACGGUUGAACAUUGCAUUUAUGGAAUCGAAGAGAAUGAGAGUAGAAAAAAUGUCAAAAAACUCCAACUUUUCGGAAAUUGCACUGGCUGGGCUGGCAAGCAAAGAGGAUUUCAGCAGCGUCAACCUCCGAAAUGUCAACUCAACGGAACAAGUGUCAAACAACAGUGCCGUGCCAUACAAAAAGCUGAUGUUGCUGCAAAUCAAAGGUCGCAGGCACAUCCAAACCAGAUUAGUGGAACCGAGAGCAUCUUCGUUGAAUAGCGGAGACUGUUUCUUGCUGUUAUCUCCUCAGCACUGCUUCCUGUGGACCGGGGAAUUCACCAACGUGAUCGAGAAAGCUAAGGCAUCAGAGCUGGCAUCGUUUAUUCAGACGAAGAGGGAUCUUGGCUGCAGAGCACCGUACGUAACUACAAUAGAAGAAGGGAUUAACACCCACACCAAAACGGCCAAAGAUUUCUGGAGACUCGUGGGUGGUCAGUCAAGCUACCAAGGUGCAGGAAAUCCCGAUGAGGAUGAAAUGUAUGAAAGUGCCAUCGUAGAAACCAACUGCAUUUAUCGUCUGGUAGAUGAUAAACUUGUCCCCGAUGAUGACUUCUGGGGAAAGAUACCACGCUGUUCUUUGCUUAAUUCAAAAGAUGUGCUGGUGUUCGACUUUGGCAGUGAGGUGUACGUGUGGCAUGGGAAGGAAGUCACACUGGCUCAACGGAAAGUGGCGUUCCAGCUGGCAAAGCAUUUGUGGAAUGGAACCUUUGACUAUACAAACUGUGACAUCAACCCUCUGGAUCCAGGCGAAUGUAAUCCUCUGAUACCAAGGAAAGGUCAAGGGCGUCCCGAUUGGGCUAUUUUUGGCAGGUUGACUGAGCACAACGAAACGAUUUUGUUUAAGGAAAAAUUCCUGGACUGGCUCGAUUCCAAGAAGCUCUCGUCAAAAGCUGCCGUGGAAGACGAACAGAAGCUGGAGCAUGGCAUUGACCUGAAGCCGUACGAUGUUACCUUGAUGAUACCUCUGUCACCUGCCCCAGUUGGAACAGCUCUGGAUGGGCUGAACAUUGGCCGUGGCCAUGGAAUCGUCGAGGGAGAAGAUGGAAGGCAGUUUGAGAUCACUAAUCUCUCGGUUGAUGUGUGGCACAUACUUGAAUUUGACUACAGUCGAUUACCGAAACAGAGCAUCGGACAGUUUCACGAAGGGGAUACGUAUGUGGUCAAAUCAAAGUACUUGGUGAGCACCACAGUUGGCAAGAGGCAGAAAUCCGAGCUAGUUCGAAAUACUGCAGUCGGGAAGGAGAAAUGUGCGUACUUCUUCUGGCAAGGCCGCCACUCCACCGUCAAUGAGAAAGGGACCUCUGCACUGAUGACUGUAGAGCUGGAUGAAGAACGAGGAGCGCAGGUGCAAGUUCUUCAGGGGAAGGAACCACCCUGUUUCUUGCAGCUGUUUCGAGGAGGAAUGAUUGUGCACGCUGGAAAAAGAGAGGAGGAGGAAGAAAGCUUGCAAAGUGACUGGCGGUUGUACUGUGUACGCGGAGAGCUUCCACUGGAAGGGGUCCUGAUUGAGGUCGCUUGCCAUUGUAGCAGCCUCAGAUCCCGGAUCUCAAUGAUCCUGCUCAACGUCACCAAGGCAGUCAUCUAUCUAUGGCACGGCUGCAAAGCGCAGCCACACACAAGAGAAGUAGGAAGGACGGAAGCAAGCAAAAUCAAAGAAUUAUGUCCACUGGAGACGGGCCUGCACAGUAGUAGCAACAUCACCAUACAUGAAUGUGAAGAAGGGUCUGAAGCUGUGGCCUUCUUUGAGGCGUUGGGACGGAGAGAUCGUAAAGCCUACGACUGCAUGUUGCAAGAUCCUGGAAAAUUCAACUUCACUCCUCGACUCUUUCUCCUCAGUAGCUCAUCUGGAGAAUUCAUUGCCACCGAGUACUUGUAUCCUGCAAGAAAUCCUGAUAUGGUGAAUUCAAUGCCAUUUUUGCAAGAAGAUCUGUACACGGCUCCACAGCCAGCUUUAUUCCUGGUGGACAAUCACCAUGAGGUAUACCUCUGGCAGGGCUGGUGGCCGACGGAAAAUGAAAUAACAGGCUCUGCCCGCAUCCGCUGGGAUACAGACCGGAAAUGUGCCAUGGAGACAGUGUUACAAUACUGCAAAGUAAAGAACCCAAAGAAACCACCAAAGUCCUACCUGAUCCACGCGGGUUUUGAGCCACUGACGUUUACGAACAUGUUUCCCAGCUGGGAGCACAGGGAAGAUGUGGCAGAGAUCACCGAAAAGGAAGCUGAUGCCUGCAAUAAAAUAAUUUUGGUGGAGGAUGUAUUGCACAAGCUGUGCCAGACACAGUACCCGCUGGAGGAACUUCAAGCCCGGCCCCUGCCUGAGGGAGUUGAUCCAUUGAAGCUUGAAAUUUACCUGACGGAUGACGACUUUGAGACCGCGCUGGAAAUGACAAGAGAGGAAUUCAGUGACCUGCCCUCCUGGAAACAAGUUAAGCUGAAGAAAGCAAAAGGACUGUUUUGAGCAAUUUGUCGAACGGGACAUUUUUUUAAAAUUUUGAAAGAACAAAAAAAAACUUGCUUAAUGCUGGAGCUUUUUGCAGAAGAUCACGUUAACAUCCGUGAUCUGGUCAAUGGAACAUGGAAUUACAAAUAAAUUGCACAUUCAGGGCAGUGAUGCCUUUGUUGUGGGUGGGAGGGGGGGGGGGGAAUCUUGUCAGUUUUUUUGCAUGUUACGGGAAGCUCUCUGGGUUUUAACAGUAUUGACAUAAUGAAAUAGUGCUGUCAUAUGCGUUGGACUUCCGAAUGCACUUAAGAGCGACAGUUGCUAUUCAACAAUAUCCUGCCUAUCUAUGUAUCUUGAAGGCGAUAUAUUUUGUAAAGUGUUACUUUGUGUGUAGCAGAUAGUAAAUCAUAAAGAGUUUAUAUUUAUAUAAUAAUACAAUACGAAAAGUGACUAUGGUUUAAUGAUGAAAUAUUUAAAUUGUUAAUGACAUUAUAUUCACUUUAGACGACCUUAGCAUUAACCAGAAAUUACAAUAGCUCAGUGUCUGCUUGUACUGAGAUUAAAACAGCACAACAAGUAUUUUUCUUUGCAUUCUGAUAAUCAUACAGUUGUCUUCAGGCACCGAAAUGUGCCAUCAGUACUGUUCAGUGCUGCUAUUGAACAAUAUGUAUUUAUGGUAUGAAUUAAUGGAAAAACUGCGCAAAUCAAGUAACUUUUUAUGUGAAUCUACAAAAAAUGUAUAGUGCCUUGUUUUUGUGUACAGUUUCUACUCCUUAGCAGAUGUCUGAAUUUUGAUGGAAGCAGCAGUUCAGAAAGAAAAGGCCUCAUUCAAUGAACUUGUAAUCUGGGGGAUGUAAGAGUCUCUGUUUAUAAUACGCAUCGGGCCGAGCAAUCCUUUUUUUUUGUGAUACAAUUUAGAGAAAUAAAAGUUGACGAU